AUGGGCUCCGAGAAGUCCGCCUCCAAGGGUCAGGCAUGGUGAGCCUACUGCUUCUCCCCUUGCACCCUUUUUUUUCUCCUCUCUCUCUAUCUCUGUCUCUUAGUCGUCUCUUUGGGCGAAGGCAGGUUCUGUACGACGGGUUUGCCCAGCGAUGUGGUGGUCGAAAUCGGGGAUAUGAGCUUCCAUCUUCACAAGGUGAAUCCAUCGGCUCCUCUUCCUGCGCGUCUGCUACAAUUCACCGCCCUUUCAGAGCUCUCGGGUCUGAAUCUUUCUGCUCCUCUUCAAGUUCCCCCUGAUGUCGAGAAGCAGCAAGUUCUACCGGCUAAUCAAGGAGCAGGAGCAGGAGCAGGAGCAGGAGCUCGAUUGGGGAAGCAGUAGAAGACCGGCGGCGAACGCUGGGGUCGGAGCUCCAGGGGAUGGAAGUGAGGGAUCCCCGGAGAGGGAGGAAGCUGGGGAAGAGAUCGAGGAGGUCGAGCCCUACCACGUCGCCCUCCCGGGCUUCCCUGGCGGCUCCGAAGCCUUCGAGACCGCCGCCAAGUUCUGUUAUGGCGUCAAGGUGGAGCUCACCCCCUGGAAUGUGGCCCCCCUUCGAUGCGCCGCCGAGUACCUGGAGAUGACGGAGGAGUUCGGCGAGGACAACCUCGUCUCCCGCUGCGAGAGGUUCCUCAGCCAUUCCGUCCUCUGCAGCCUCAAGGACUCCGUGGAGACCCUCAAGUCCUGCGAGCCUCUAAUGCCGCUCGUUGAAACCCUAGGCAUCCCUCAGCGCUGCAUCGACGCCAUCGCAGCCCGGGCCUCCUCCGUCGACCCCUCCUCCUCCCUCUUCGGCUGGCCGAUGAACGAACGGACCGGCGGCGUAGGCGCCAGCGACCGCCGUGUCCUCGCCAAUUACAACCUCCUGUGGAAUGGCAUCGACACCGGCCUCCGCGGCAAGCAGCACGGGAGCGCCGGCAGCCGCUCCGGUGGCGCCGCCUCCUGGUUCGACAGCCUGGCCGUGCUUGGGCUUCCGCUGUUCCAGCGCACGAUCCUCGCCAUGAAGGCCCGGGAUCUCAGCCCGGACGUGAUCGAGGCUUGUCUUCUCUCCUACGCCAAGCGGUCCAUUCCCGGCCUCUCCCGCUCUGGCCGGAAGAGCUCCGGCGGGGGGACCCUGCCAUCGGAGGCGGAACAGAGGGAGCUGUUGGAAACGGUGAUCGUAAACCUCCCCCUGGAGAAGACCUCCUCCACCGGCAGCCGGUUUCUCUUCGGUCUGCUUCGCACUAUCAACAUCCUGAGGGCGUCCGAAGGUUCGAGGGAGAUCCUGGAGAGGAAGAUCGCCACACAGCUGGACCAGGCCUCCCUUGACGACCUGCUGAUGCCCAGCUACUCCUACCUCAUGGAGACGCUCUACGACGUCGAUUGCGUCGAGAGGAUCAUCGGUUACUUCCUGGAGAGCCUCCAAGAGGCAGCCCCGUCGAUCUCCGCCGCCGAGGAAGAAGAGGACGAGGUGGAAGCGGGCGGCGAGGACGAGGGUGACGGAGGAGCCGCAAAGUCGCCGGAGUCCAUCCGUCCGCUGAUGAUGGUGGGUAAGCUUGUUGACGGAUACCUCUCGGAAAUCGCCUCCGACGGCAACCUGAAGCCGGAGAAGUUCUGCGACCUUGCGCUAGCCCUGCCGGAUAAUGCCCGCGUCUACGACGACGGCCUCUACCGCGCCGUCGACGUCUAUCUCAAGGUGAACCCCCUUGGACCUCGCCCAGGUUUCCUUCCCGACGGAAACCGAGAGAUUCCUCUCUGUUUUCUACGCAGGCCCACCCUCGGAUCAGCGAGGUGGAGAGGGAGAGGGUGUGCAGCGUGAUGGACUACCAGAAGCUGACGCUGGAGGCGUGCACCCACGCGGCGCAGAACGAGCGGCUUCCGCUGCGGGCAGUCGUGCAGGUGCUCUUCUUCGAGCAGCUGCAGCUCCGUCACGCCAUCGCCGGUUCCCUACUCGCCGCUGACCUGACGGGGGGCGGCGGGUCGCAGCCGCCCGAGUCUGUGCGGACCUUCCGCUUCCAGGAGGCGCCAAGGGAAGGGGAGACGUGGAGGUCGGCGGCGAGGAACAACCAGGUGCUGAGGCUGGACAUGGACAGCAUGAGGAGCCGGGUUAACGAGCUGGAGCGGGAGUGCUCGACCAUGAAGAGGGUGCUCCAGAAGAUCGACCGCGGCGGCGCCCGGCCCCGGGGAGCCACCGCCGCCGCCGGCGAGGCCAACGGCCGCGGGUGGAACUCGUUCACCAAGAAGUUCGGGUGCAAGUUCAAGACGCAGGUGUGCGACUCCCAUGACCGGACGGUGGUGGAGUCGCGGCGGAGCAGGACUGCCCACCCGCUGGGGGCUCUGCCGCCGCAGCAGCAGCAGCUCCAGCACCAGUUGCAGCUGGAGCAGAGCUUCUAG